UCAAAAUCACCUUCUACUGAUAUCAGUGAACAGAAAAUUUUGUGUGAUGAACGUCGAAAAAAAUAUUGUAUUCUUACUUUAAUUUGAGAUUCAUUUUUUUAAACUAAUAACUGAUCGUUAUGAGUAUUUUAUGGCGAAAUAUUAGAUCAAUUUUUGCUACCAAACUCUCAUCUAGUGUACGACAAAUUACCAUGUAUCCUGCUCUAUCCAAAGAAGCUGUCGAAACUCUGGGGAAAAAUCCAUAUUUUGAUAAAUACGCCGGAAAACUCUUGGAAAAACAGAAAGUUGCUCCGGAAGAAUUCAGUUCUUUAUUGGAUAACUUGAAGAAUGAGAAAGAAAAGCAGAAACAGAACGUUGCUUCUGUCGAAGAAACUAUAAAUCCAUUACCUGCCGGUCAGCCACGUCCAGCUGGUUCUAACCCAUUGAAGACUAGUACCAAAACUUUGAACGAUAUUUUGAAACUUGACAAGGUGAAAAAUGAAGAACCACAAGUCAUAGAACAAAUGUGGUUAGAAUACCAUAAAACGAAAGAUUCUACCAUCGCUGCUUCGGUUCCUGUAAAUAUAUAUGAAACUUUAAUUCAGAAAUCAAAAAAAUUUCCUAUCUUUCUAGUUGCAUUGCCCAGAAAUCAAGGAUAUGAAUUUAUCAUGCUUCAGUUUAAUGGAAAUGAAGUUCAUUUCACUCCUUUGAUUAGUUACCAAACUCACAAAGAAAAUGCUCCAGGAUGUUUGACUUUAGUUUACUAUUCUGAUUUGAAAGAAGAAAAAAAUCUUAUAUUACUACGCGGUGAAUACGAUAAAAAUGUUAUCAAUGCCAUGGAAGCUCAAUGUUUGGCCAAUCAAAUUCAAUUAUAUUACGGUGAAAAUGAUGAAAAAAGAACUAAAUUGAUGGAAAGAUUUACCAAUCAUCCGGAUGAAUUCCAACACAUGGAUUUAAUUGGAGAACUUAACACGUUAUCCAUUUAAUUUUUAUAUUCAAUUGUAGAUCAACGUUAUCAAUAAACGUUGAAAUUAUUUUUACUA